AUGAUUUCCAAAUUUUUAUCAAGAAAUUACGGAAAAGUCGGCUCACUUUACACAUGAGGAAAUGGCUACCAUACAAAUCUCGGUCACGAUGACGAAAUGCCAUGUUUAAGGCCAAAGAAAGUAGAAACCACACAUAGGGUUCCAAGCAAUAUGCAAGAAGGGUCAAAUUAUCACUUAAGAAGGACAACUCAGCCAUUAAAAGCAAAAUUUAAAAUAGUAAAGACAGGGAUGCUCCACACUGCAGCAAUUUCUGAAACUGGGCAGCUUUAUACAUUUGGAAAUGAGUCUUAUAAUAAGCUAGGAUUCCUUGAUAAUCCAAUGAUCCCUGGUAGAGUUCUAGGGCUAAUAGGGAUAAAUGUGGUAGACGUCGCUUUAGCGCUUGAUUCCACAUUGGCACUUACAGGUAUUUUAUAGCUAGAUAAUGGAAGAGUUUUUACCUGGGGAUAUGGAGGGGAAACUAAUGGUAAUUUAUAUGCUGCAUUAUUCAAAGAAGAAGCUGGGGCAUUAGGACUUGGAGACUUGUACAAUUAUAGUGUCCCAACUGCUAUCCCAAACUUUGAAGAUGUUAUACAGAUUGAAGCUGGGUUUUAUCAUGGCUUAGGACUCACAAGUAUCAUUUAUUAAGAAAAUGGACAUGUAUAUUCUUGGGGAAAUAAUGAAUUUGGAGAACUUGGAGUAGAGAUGGAGUUCGCAAAGUCCCCUGUGAAAAUUGAUUUAGAAGGGAUCACAAAGAUUUCAGCUGCUGCUAAUUAUAGUGUAGCAUUGAACAGUAAAUUGUAUUUAGAUUUUGGCGAUGUGUGGGUUUGGGGAAGAAAUCAUUAUGGACAGUUAGGAGUUAAAGAAGAAAAAUUAUUCAAGCCUUAUAAGCUGACGACAGGGGCAAGAGAUAUUGAAGCAGGAGAAGGGUGCCUUAUGAUUGUGAAAAAUAACGAGUUAUAUUUGGCUGGGUUAAGGGAAUUUUAUGAGCUUACACAUUUUCCUACCCAAAGUGUGCCAAUAAAACUUUCAUGUGGAGAUGACCAUGCUGAGUUUGUGGCUGCUAAUGGAUUAGUGUAUGCUAUGGGAGGGUUGUUUAGUGAAAAGCCUCAAGGUUAUUUUUUCCAUAAAAGAAAUAGUAAUUUUUCUGAAGCCCCAGCUGGCUUUUUCACAGGGAAAAUCCUACAUCUUGCAGGAAAAUACAAUUAUCAUGCCGCAGUGCUAGAAGAUUAA